AUGCAGCCAACUCGCAUUUUUGAGAGACAUCUAGUUUUCAAGGCAUACAGAAAACCUGGUUUCGUUAAAACAAGGCCGGGUGGCAGCCAGGAUGUACAGGCUCCCGAAACCCAGAGGCUGAAUAAGCUCCUGAAUGGAGGCCUAUACUAUAUGCAGGUCGUGGGAAAUGUCCGAGAACGAGACUUUGGCUCUGUGACAGCUUCUACUUCUUCGCCAUCGGAUGCUCUUGCCCAAGGUUCGGGUGAGGGCGGUGAGGGCACUCAGCAUGGUCAGGAAGCAUUGCCGCCGACGACGACAAGGAAUGGAGCUGCCGCCGCCGCCGCUGCCGCGAAAGGGGGCUAUGUAGCGGCGGAUCAGUCAUGGAGAUUGGAGUUCAAGGAUACCCCGGAGGCUGGGGCUAGAUUCGGUGUCACGACACGGUUUGUGGAGAAUUCGAACCUCCCUUCUGGAAAUAUCCUUCCUGAGAUGAAUGCUUGGGGAUUUAACUACGUCUCUGAAUACGUUGUCGAAGGUUAUAGGUUUAUACUAGACGACAUAGUAUUAUUUCUGCAUCGUGUGCUAGUUUUCCCACCAGGUCAUGAAAGUGGCAGUGGUGGUGGCACGACAACGCUGGCGCCAACUGAAUAUCUUCCUCCAUUAGAUCAAAUGCUGCUGCUGGAUACGAGCGGUGCAUAUGUUUUACAGGCCUCUAUUACAGCUCAGGACAGCGGGAAUCCAGACAUGUUGAAGGCGAAUUCUCAACGACUUUUGGGGUUGAAAGAGCAUUUGAAAUCUGUUGUGAAGCUGGAGCCUAAAGAUAGGCUUUCCCUUGAUAAGAGGGUGAAGUGA